AUGGGGUUUGUGAGAAUUAAUGACCGUUGGGCUAAGGGCCAUGCAGCUACAGUUGAGGAGGAGGAUGAUGAGGAGGAGGAGCAUGCUGAGAGAGAGGAUCCAUCUUCUCCUAUGCCCAGGCAAAGUCCAGUUGAUCACCUUUUUUUGGAGCCUGAGCUCCACUUCUCCUAUUCUUCUUUGCUAAGGAGACGGAGAGGGAGAGGGCGAAGAAAAGAAAAAAACAAACCAAAAAACAUAACCAAAUUUAAGAUGGAUCAUCCCAAGAAGCAGCACCCUGCAACCAGACUUCCCAACGAUAUUGUCGUUGAGAUCCUGUCCAUGCUGCCCGCCAAGUCCUUCCUACGUUUCAAAUGCAUCUCCAAAUCAUGGCUCGCUCUUUCUUCCGACCCUUCCAACAGCAAUAAGCUCCCUGCCACCGCAUCCAGCCUCUUCUUCCACGACACCCCCUAUCUCACCCAAGGUGUCAAAAUCCAUCACAUCAGCCUGUCACCAUCCCCUGAUGAUGACGCCAUCGACACCACCCUAAGUUUCCUGCCACCCCACAAAUCCCAGAAACUAAUCUACUGCUCCAACGGUCUGCUCCUCUGCUGCUCGUGGGACGCCACAAUUCCUUUCCCCGAGGAUGAUGGCUUCUACUACUACGUCUGCAACCCUGCCACCAGGGAGUGGGCCGCCGUCCCGACGCCGAAACGAGGAUCCCGUCCUCUGGCUUUGGCCUUCGAUCCUCGCAUCUCUCAUCACUACCGUAUCAUCCGGUAUAACACGGACAGUUUCGAGUUCGAGAUCUUCGCAUCCAAUACUGGUGAGUGGACCAAGAUCCAGUCUCGCUGGCCUGGUGUUACUGACUGCCAAGUCCAGCGUGGUGUUUUCUUCAAUGGAACUUUCUACGUGAUCAGCCUCGAGAACCUUGCUAUUGUGGGAAUUGAUCUUGAGUCAGGAGAGGUUAGUCGGAACAUCGAGCUACCGGCAUCUGGUAUUAAAAAGUUUUGCCGAAAAUUUGGAUCGGAUCGCAUUGGAUACUCCGGGGGUUACUUGCAUUAUGCACUCGAAGAUCAUGAUGACAUAAAAGUUUGGAUUCUUGAGGAGCAUGAAGGUCAUGAUGAAUGGAUGUUGAAGCAUUGCAUUAGCAUCAAACCUUUGUUGGAGAAUUAUGGCAUUGAGUAUGUACCUUUUCCUGAUCGUCCUCUCGACUAUCUUGAUAUAUUGGCAAUUCAUCCGGAUGUGGAUGUUGUCUUUCUUCGAGUGCAACGUGAGAGGGUUGUUUGUUACCACUUGAACAGUGGAAGAUCGGAAGAGGUUUGCAGCAUGGCUUGUAAGUACAUUCAUGGAUUCUUUGUUUAUUCGCCAUGCCCGUUGAAUGGUUUAUUAGGAGAGUGAGGGAUUUUGUGCAUUAAACAUUCAGGAGAAGAGGAUGUUGACAUGUACUGUAAAAACAUUCUUUGUGGGCUGCAGUUUGUCUUUAUGCUUUGCAUCCUCCUUUCAUUUACUAAAUGAAGAAGGGACCACGUUCUGCUUGGUGUGCCUUUUCUUUUUUUUCAUUCAAGAAAA